AUGGCGGCCACCCGCUACCGGCGGUUUCUGAAGCUCUGCGAGGAGUGGCCGGUGGAGGAGACCAAACGGGGCCGGGACCUGGGCGCCUUCCUGCGGCAGCGGGUGGCCCAGGCCUUCCGGGAGGGGGAGAGCACCCAGAUUGCUGACCCUGCAAACUGUGACCAAAUGUAUGAGAGUUUAGUCAGAAUCCACACCAAUUUCUAUAAAAACAAGUAUCCACGCCUAAAAGAUACGAGCUUCACUGGAGUGACAGUGGAAGAAUGCAAGCUGAUCCUAGCAACAGACAGCGGGAAACAGAUGGAGGAAAUGAAAAAAGGUAAAUGGAAAAAACUGCGAGAGAAGUUCUCUGCCAAGAAUGCUGAAGAGGACUCAAAGUUAUAACCUCUCUCCCCAGCCCCCCUCUGCACAUAUUCCUAAAGCACUAUAUAUUGCCAUGAUGAUUAAAGCCAUUCAUUCCUCUUAGCAAUAGCAUUCAGAA